AUGUCGCGCGCCACGUCAGCAAUCACAUCGGCGGCAUCGCACCGUGUCGUGCCCUCGGCCAACGCCACCACCUCGAGACUGACCACCUCCGCCCGUGGUCUCGCAACUGUCCAGGACGCUCCUCCAGUCCAGCACAAGCGUGGUCUCCAGGACCAGGACCGCAUCUUCCAGAACCUUUACGGCCAUCAUGGAGCCGACCUCAAGAGCGCCAUGAAGUACGGUGACUGGCACAAGACCAAGGAGAUCAUCAACAAGGGCCACGACUGGAUCAUCUCAGAAAUCAAGGCCUCUGGUCUCCGUGGCCGUGGUGGAGCUGGUUUCCCUUCUGGUAUGAAGUGGUCUUUCAUGAACUUCAAGGACUGGGACAAGGACACCAAGCCCCGCUACCUGGUCGUCAACGCCGAUGAGGGUGAGCCCGGAACUUGCAAGGACCGUGAAAUUAUGCGCAAGGACCCCCACAAGCUGCUCGAAGGAUGUCUGGUUGCUGGUCGUGCCAUGAACUGCACCGCCGCCUACAUCUACAUUCGUGGUGAAUUUUACCACGAGGCCACUGUCCUCCAGCGCGCCAUUCAGGAGGCCUACCAAGCUGGUCUCAUCGGAAAGAACGCAUGUGGCUCCGGCUACGACUUCGACAUUUACAUCCACCGUGGUAUGGGUGCCUACGUCUGUGGUGAGGAGACCUCCCUCAUCGAGUCGCUUGAGGGCAAGCCCGGCAAGCCCCGCCUGAAGCCCCCAUUCCCUGCUGCCGUCGGUCUUUUCGGUUGCCCUUCGACCGUCGCCAACGUCGAGACCAUUGCGGUUGCACCCACCAUCAUCCGCCGUGGUGGCAGUUGGUUCAACUCGUUCGGCCGUGAGCGUAACGCUGGUACCAAGCUCUUCUGUAUCUCUGGUCACGUCAACAACCCCUGUACCGUCGAGGAGGAGAUGUCCAUCCCUCUUCGUGAGCUGAUUGACAAGCACUGCGGUGGUGUCAUCGGUGGCUGGGACAACCUCAAGGCCGUCAUCCCUGGUGGUUCCUCCACUCCCAUCCUUCCCAAGAAGGUUUGCGACGACCAACUCAUGGACUUCGAUGCCCUCAAGGACUCACAGUCUGGUCUCGGUACGGCCGCCGUCAUUGUCAUGGACCAGAGCACCGAUGUUGUUCGCGCCAUUGCCCGUCUCUCCAAGUUCUACCACCACGAGUCCUGCGGUCAGUGUACCCCCUGCCGCGAGGGUUCCAAGUGGACCGAGCAGAUCAUGCACCGUUUCGAGAAGGGCCAGGCCCGCGCUCGCGAGAUUGACAUGAUGCAAGAGCUCACCAAGCAGGUCGAGGGCCACACCAUUUGCGCUCUGGGCGAGGCCUUUGCCUGGCCUAUCCAGGGUCUGAUCCGCCACUUCCGCCCCGAGCUCGAGGCCCGCAUCCAGGACCACGCAAAGACACAGGGUGGUGAGGCACUUGCUGGUGGCUGGCACCACAACUCUCACAAGGAUGGUCUGCUUGUCUCUCCCGGCCAGUAG